AUGACCUACGAACGCCAACGCGCAAUCGAAUCCUACGGCUGGACAUCUGUCCCUGCCUCCCUCUCCGAGCUCAUCAAAUCCUCUUCUUCAGCCUCUAACCCCGCUCCCGCGCUCAAAAUAUCCGAUCUCCCAUUCCCUGCAUCCCCCCUCGUAAAAAGCGUUCAGGAAUACGCACGCACCGAAUUACCGCAAGAGACCUUCCACCAUUCUAUGCGCGUCUACCACUACGGCGUCGCGAUUCUCACGCACGCAUUCCCAAACUGGACCUCUAUCAACUCCUCUAGUAAAUUUCUCGAAAGCUACGCGCUCACGGCUCUUCUGCACGACAUCGGGACCGUGCCGCGACAUUUGCAGGAGACGCUUAUGAGUUUUGAUCUUUACGGGGGGUUUAUUGCAGAUGGGGUAUUAAGGGAUGCGGGAGCGGCGAGAGAACAGCGGGAACUGGUUGUGGAGGGGAUCAUUCGACAUCAGGAUCUGGGAGAGGUGGGGACGCAGACGAGGGUUGGGGGGUUGGUGCAGUUGGCGACGGUUUUUGAUAACAUGGGGCAGAAUGCGCAGUUGGUGCACGAGGGGACGAUUGAGAAUGUGGUGAGGGAGUGGCCGAGAUUGGGGUGGAGUAAAUGUUUUUCGCAUACGAUCGAGCAGGAGAAUGCUUUGAAACCAUGGGCUCAUUCGACACAUUUGGGAGUGAGGGAUUUCCCCGAUGGAGUGUUGGGGAACAAGUUGAUGGAGAAGUGGGACUGA